AUGGCCGCGCAGUCCUUCCUCCUCGCCGCCACUGCCGCCGCCAGGUCCCCCGCGGUCUUCGCCGCUCCCUAUUCCUCCGCACGCCCUUUCCACUCGGUCCACUUCGUCGCCGGCCCGUGGGGCGCCGCCGCCGCCAGGGCGCUCGUCGUCGCGGACGCCACUAAGAAGGCCGUAGCCGUCCUCAAGGGCGCGUCUGAGGUCGAGGGCGUGGUCACGCUCACGCAGGACGACGAUGGACCUACAACUGUGAAUGUCCGUAUCACUGGACUUACCCCUGGACUUCAUGGCUUCCACCUCCACGAGUUUGGUGAUACUACCAAUGGGUGCAUAUCGACAGGACCACAUUUUAAUCCAAACAAUCUGACGCACGGUGCACCAGAAGACGAAGUCCGUCAUGCGGGUGACCUGGGAAACAUUGUUGCAAAUGCUGAGGGCAUAGCCGAGGCAACCAUUGUUGAUACCCAGAUUCCUUUGACUGGCCCAAAUUCAGUUGUUGGGAGAGCAUUUGUGGUUCAUGAGCUUGAAGAUGAUUUGGGGAAAGGGGGCCAUGAGCUCAGCCUCUCUACUGGAAAUGCUGGUGGAAGACUGGCAUGUGGUGUUGUUGGCCUGACUCCAUUGUAGGUUGCUCGCCGGGUGCCCGGGUUGCAGUUGCAGCUACGCUGUUACAUCCUUGCCUUGGUGGACUUUUGUCUUCAAUCGUGUUAUUGGGACAGUGACCUUUUUGUAUUACUUGGAUUCAUUCCAUGCAUGUGGUAUGGUGCGUAAUAGCCUUUGCAGGUCGACUGUAUAAAAAGCAAUAUUUAGUUGAGGAAAUAAGUGUUGCCACAUAUCCAAAUCGAUCUAUGAAGCACUAUGAACAUCAAAUGUUAUUUUGAUUUUGUUUUAA